CGCUGUAUACAGUGUUCGCCGGCACCAGUGUCGUUUUGACAUCCAAGAAGCACCGGUUUCUCCUUCGUGUGGGCCCGUAUUUUCGAUCAAACUGGCGCUAGAGUGGUUAACAAUGGAUCCAAAAACAUUCAUGGAUAUUGCUACGGUGGUUACAAAACUGAAAAUGUACCCCUAUUUCGACAUUGCACAUUACGUGCUAAUGUGCUGUUCGGUACGAGAGGAUAUGCCGCAAGUGACGGGCCCACAGGCGUUCUCCAGGAAGCACCCGCUGUCUUGCUGGUUCUCCUGUAUGUUGAUUUGCUUCGCUGGCAGUUUCAUCGCUAACUUGCUGCUUGGAGAACCCUGCCUUACACCAUUCAAAGACCACAAGAGUUUGUUAACAGCUUCAGUAGUAUGGUACCUAAUCUUUUAUUCACCGUUCGAUAUAGUCUACAAAAUGGUCAAGUUCCUGCCUUUCAAGAUAGUAUUAGCAAUGCUAAAAGAAACACAGCGGGCUCACAAGGUUUACCAUGGCGUGAUCCACACCGCCAAGCUCUACCCUAAUGCUUACCUCAUCAUAGUCAUGAUCGGUACUAUCAAAGGUGCAGGCAGUGGGAUGAUGAAGAACGUUGAUAGGCUUGUCCGAGGUAUCUGGGUGCCCACCACAAAUGAGCUUUUACAGCCAACUUUCUACACAAAGGCAUCAGCAGUGGCCUCCCUUGUGUUCCUGUUGGAGAGGCAGGGACUCAUCAGUGUGCCACACCCACUCGUCUAUUUUGGAGUCGUCAUCUUCUUCAUCUACUUCAAGCUGUCGUCAAUAAUCCUUGGCAUUCAUGACCCAUUCGGUCCCUUCGAGAACUUGUUCUGUGCCAUCUUCAUGGGCGGAAUCUGGGAUGCCAUGCGCAGAGCUGUCACCAAGGAACCUAAGAAGGAGGAAGAAAACAAAGACAUGAGGAACGAUGUCAUCAAGUCAAAAGAAGACAAGAAGAGAGAUUGAGAGAAACACGGGAAUGGAGGAAUGAAUUAGAAACAACAUUCAGUGAAAUAUGGGAAAACUAUAUGAACUAUAUUUUGAUUAUUUGAACACAAAUAGUUCAAUUCAUUUUAGUACCUAAGUAUUAUUUUCUUAAGUUGAAGGAUGAUUUUUAAUAUAAUUGUCAAAUAUAUAUUUAAGGUAUAUUAUGGAUGACUUAAGCAUGUGGGAAAAUACGACACAAAGACAAGGGUUAUAAGCUAACUAAUGUCAUAUUGUUCACAAAUGGUCCUGGAACAUGAUCAAACAGUGCCUAAAGAUAAGACCAUAUUUCUUCCAACCAACAUGCCAAAAGUUCCAUGGAGAAAAUCUCCGUAAUAGAUUCAUAGAUUAAUAGAAUCUGUGUUGACGCUUCCUGAUGUUGCUUCAGAGAAGCGCAACAGAAUAUGCCCGGCCCUACCACUAGUGUCCAGUAGCCUUUACAUCCAACUCAGCACAAUACCAGUAUCAUAUUGUUGAUAUGUAUAUGAGAUUAUAUUAUGUACAUAAGCAUCUACAAAAACUAGAGAUCACCUGUGUACAUAACGCCAUCUGCUGGGCACUGUGAUGGGGUCAUAUAUUACCAAAGAGAUCUGUGCAAGGGUAGUUAUGCUUCAGAAUUUUGUUUAUUUUAUAUGGAGGGCAUCAGUUGGAAUCAUAUGUGUAUGGAGUACUUGUCAUUGUGGAACUGUAUUGUAAUAAGAGAAAUGAUCUGAUUUUAAUUUGUUUUGUUGAGAUUUCAACUGUCCCCGAGAUCAAAGCAUGGUUUAGUUGCAAGGCUGGUGGUUUGUGUACUGACUCUCAUUAUGGUCAUGUACUUGCUGUAGAAGUAUGUUUGGUUAAGUAACCGUACAUACAGAUUUCAGUGUUUGACAAAUCUCAUGGUCUGCUUAUAGAGGGAUCAUCUAUUUCAAACUCACCAAAAUACAGAAUCUGGCUUAACAAAAGAAAGAUGGGUAUAUUGUGUCAGUGGAGGAUAUACUUAUUACAAAUAGUUGGUGUAGAGGAAAGUUGUAUUGGCUGUGUGAAAUAAGGCUUGAAAGUCAAGGAGUCCUUAUCAUAACCCUAGUGUUAGAUCUUGAAGAUUUAGGGGUCACUAGAUUCAAAUACCAUAGGGCUGUAACGAUACUCUUUCUUGCGACACGAUACGUAUCUUGAUGGUGAGGUCCCGAUACGAUACAUGAUACGAUAUGCGAAAACGACACUUGUCUUGGAUUCCAUCAGUAAGAGAAUGACCAGAGCCCCAACCAAAACAUUUGAUUGAGAUAUUAAUAUGCCUACAGAAAAUUGAGUUAUUUUCAUACCAGGAAACUCCUUGUCUAUGUAAUUAUGAAUGAUACAUAUCUGGUAUAUUGUUUUGUAGUGAUACAUCACGGGAAAAUAUGAUACGUGUAUCGUGGAACAAAGUGUUGCAAUGACCCAGUACUGUGGUGAAUCGUUACAGCCCUACAGUAAUUCAUCUUGCAUAUCACCAUGACUCUACUGCAUAUCCUGCAUAAUAACAGACCUCCCCUAUAUGACAAUCCUGAAAUAUUUUCCUUCAGAUAGAAACAUAUUUUCACAAUAAUAUUUACAUAUGAAUUUAUUUUUUCAUGAAGUGAUGUUAGAUGUUUGCUUUGAAUAUAUCUUCUUCUUUUAUUCUGUUAGAUUUUGAAUACUUCUUUGUAGGGUCUGUUUUGUCAUAUUAUGAAACUCUCUGCUUAUCUGUACCAAGGGUUAUUGUAUGGUUUUGUUUAUUAACAAAUUACAUAUCCACAAGAUUUUCUUUUAUUCCAUUUUUGGAAUUGACACAGUCCAUUUGUUCAUACAUCUUGUUUUAUUCAUUUGAAGAUAAUUAAUUUUAUUCUUUCUUUUUGUUAUCUAAUUAACUGAGUCAUUAGUGUUUGUAAUCCUUAACCUAUUUGUUACAGUCCUCAUGGCUGGUGAUAACUGGAAUACUGAGGCAAAAGUAUUAUCAAAACAAGUUAAUAAGUUUAAUUAGUUUAAAUGAAAUUCCCAAGAAUGUAUGAUUUAAUAUAUAGAAAUCAAAGCAUUGUAUAAUCUUAAAAAUAAGAAAAAAAACCUGUUCAGCCAGAAUGCUUAUUACCUUGAUAGAAUAGGACAUAAAAGAAUCCUGGCUCACUGGAGAUGAUAGAAAUGUUCAUGUUAAUCUACAAUGUCAGUGUUUUUAUUUUCCGGAUUCGUCUUAAAGGGUUGAAUAUGAUUCCAGCUUAAAAUUCUAUCCAUACUACAUUGUAGUAAGGCAUCGCUUCUCAAAUGUUGCUAUGUUCCCUGUUCUGUUAAAUAGUUCAUUACCACAUCAUGACUUCAGCUUGUUGGAAUCAGAUUUGGUUCAUAAUUCAUUUGUGGAUAGUUUCUCCUUUUUGAUGGCUUGUGUUGUUUUUUUAUUCAAGACAAAAGUAUUUGUUUUAUGUUUAACUUUUACAUGUUUUAAAUCAGUUUGUUACAAGUGAAUGUAAAAUGAUUACAUGUGUUACAAUAGUAAAAUUUGAUCUAUUACAAAAUAUUUUAUUCAGAGUUGCCAAAAUACAAAUGUCACUUGUUAACAACUUCAUCUCCGACUGUUUUAUGCUUGUUGUUACAAGGCUGGUGUUGAGAUACACGAUUUGUAUCAGGAAAUGGUUUUAUUGAUGACUUCAGUAUUCAGAAAUAGAAAAGCAUUGUGCCAUUUCAGCCUGUGUAUACUGUGUAGGCUAGUGAAUCAUAAUCAAGUAUUCAUUAUCAUAAAGAACAGAACUUUGUACCGCUCAGUUUAACCAGGAAUUGUAUGCAGAGCUGUAGUGGUCAACUGUUUACUGAACAUAAUCAAGCCAUGGUUCAACAUGUUCAGCAAGCCAGUCACAGUGGGGACUAAUGGCACAUCACCGUAGCUCUCACAGAAAGGGAUAUUUACAGGUUUUAUGGAUAUCCUGUGUUCUAUUUACAUCUGUAUCUUGUUGCCAAUGAAGAUAUUCAGUAUUGUGUGAUUGAUAUUGUAGCAGCGUGUUUUAGUCUCACAUCAGUUCAACAAGGUAGCAGUUUAUUUUAGUCAGUCAUUACUUCACCAAGUUCACCAAUGACCAUGUUGUUCUCUACUUAGAUCCUAAACAAGUUGGUUGGUAUGUCAUAUAUAUUAUCCGAAUGUUUGGGUAUUUGAGUUGAUCUAUCAAAUACCAUGGGUUAUCAGGAGAUAAUACCACUCCAUGUUCUGACAUGCAAGAUGUCCCAUCUACCAGCUUGCUCAUCAAUAAUGCUUGCCAUUGGUCAAUAUCCUGUUAUAAAACAACCUGGUAAAACCCAUGGUGAUAGUCAUUUGAACAUGGUCAUCAUAGUAUAGUCUAAUAAUUUGAAGUCUAAUCUUCGAUAAUUUUCCUUCAAGUGUGCGGUGUUGAAAGUUUUGUAUAUGUAGUGAGUUCGUGAUUCUUGGUGAAUCGUAGCAAGUCCGUGUUCUCCCCGUGGUGUAUCCCUCCCCGACAUUCCGUUACAGUUCGUAUGUGUAAUUGUCAUCAAAGUGGGUUUCCUUGACAGUUUUGCAUAUUUUUUAUAUCUAAAUAUUGUCAAAGGGUAUUGAAAUAUUUUCAGUAACAAUGUUGUGAAUUAUUUGUACAUAAAUAAGGAUAUACUGUUACUAUUUCAAACAUUGAGUUUAUUGGCUGAAACUAUUUUUCAUAGUUGACAAUUUAAUAACAUGGUUCUUUUUAGAAAUCAUACUGUAAGUGUGUUUUAAGAUGAUAAAUCAGUACCAGUUAUGAAUUGCUUAAGAAAUAAUUUUGGUCCCGUCACAAGAUACACAAGUGUUUGAUCAAAGGGAAGUAACUCUUGAAAACCUCAUUCAAACCAAAUGUUAUUGCCUUAUUUGCCUAUGAUCAAUAUAUCCUUGUAGAUUUUCCAAUGCUACUGAUACAAUAUUGAAAGAAGCCAGAUGUUUCUAUCAGGAUAGGGAAGCAGUAUUGUGGAGAUAGGUUGUGUGAUAGGUAUGGAGCCGAGGAAAGGAACAUUCGGAGCACUUCAUGUUGCUGUGUUAAUGGCCAUGUGAAAUGGUUCUAUCUCCAAGUUGUGUGUCAUAUUUCGAAACUCCAUGACAUGCUAUAACUGUUUUUUCGAGAGGAUGGUUGUUGUAGUGUUGUAGGUGGCAGUGUGGGACAGUAGUAUUGAGCUGCAACAUGUACUUUCGGUCGAAUAUUUUGUGUGGUUUUGAUUACAUGAACUUGUUUCUCUUCAAAUGUUGGAAAAAAUAGCACAUUCUCAUGUACAAUGUGUGAAAUAAAAAUGUUGAUGAAAAGUUUGGUGCCCCAAAUAGCAUGGAUCAGGUAAUUUGAACCACACAAUUUAUUUAGUUGUAUUAUUUCAAUGUUUAUUUUACUUUUACAUGGUUUAUUCUUUUAAACUGUUAUGGAAUUUAUUGAGUUCUUGUAGCUUUAUGCUACGGCUACUUACAUUUCAGCAUUGUGGUGAAGUAGCAUAACUUGUUUGUUUUGAUGUAUUGAUCUUAAUAGUUGCGUUUUUUAGGUGUUAUGUUUAUGAUUUUAGAAGACAAAUGUAACAUGACUGGUUUUUGACAUCUGGUUCAUCAAUGACAUUGACCAUAUGACAUUGAACUUGACAAGACAAACAUCAUAUGUGCAAUACAGAUCAAAGAGGGUUUGACAUUUUUUGACAAAUUCCUUCCCAGGUGUUACGCAAACAAGUCUUGCUAGUACUUGAAUCUCAGUAUUUUUGAAUGAUUGGAUGUUAUUCUUUUUGUACCGGUAAUAAAUGUCAGGACUUGAGUGGAGAGCAUUCUUCACAGUAUGUAUUGGUACAUUAAAUAUAGAUAUUAUAUACCAUUGAAUGACACUAUAUGGGAAAUUAUCACAAAGAUCAGUUUCAAAACGCUAUUAAACAAAAUAUUAAAUGGUGCUAAAUUUGGUCAAAUUGUCAACAGUGAAUAAUCUGUUAAAUCAUUAUCUAGUCAUCUUGUUAAUUGUUUUUAAUUUGUUCCAAGAGUCAGAGUUUCUGUGUUCACAACCUUUGUACCAUCCAGGUAAAAUAUAGUCGACAUUGUUCCAGCAUUAUGGAGAUCCCAUUCCAAUAAUGUGUAGGCACUAGGAUGUUGCAAUGAAAGGCAAUCCCACGCAGAAUAGUCACUUUUGACACUGGAAGCAGAAGGAUCACAGAAAUGGCUACUAUGUAAGAUGGUGAGAUUUUGGAAGGGCAUCAUGCACAGAAUUUGAUCUCUUUACAAAUCAUAACCAUAAUCCUACUGUGCAUUCAUUUGGAAACAUUGUUUGGGAAAAGUCUUUGAAUCCUACAGCUGGCGCCAGUCUUAAAAGUUGCUAUUAUAGUUAAGUACUGCAGUCAAGGAAAGUGAACAAGGGUGGGAGGUCCUUUGAGCAUCAGUGUCACAGACAGGGAAAGAUAACUCUGGUGUUCUCUCACUCUCUUGUGUGUACUGAGUGUGACCCUCUAUGUUGUUAUAUAUAUUUGAGUUUGACCUAUU